AGAUCAAUAUCUUCUUUCACAAUGCUUCCAAAGCUGUUAUUCAUUUUCAUACUAAUUUCAUCCUUCAUUUUCACUGCUCAUUCUUAUAAUAACAAAUGUCUUCGCCAUCAGAAAACCUUGUUGCUUCAACUCAGCGAUGAGUUGAGCUUCGAUUCUAUUCUUUCAACAAAGCUGGUGCGAUGGAAUGAAACUGUUGAGUGUUGCAAGUGGCACGGUGUUGAAUGUGAUGCUUCUGGAAACGUCGUUAGUUUGCAGCUCGAUGAUGAGGCCAUUUCCGGUGGAAUUGGGGAUUCGUCGAGUCUCUUCAGAUUUAAAUAUCUGCAGAAACAUAACCUUGCCUACAAUGGUUUCAACUACACUCAUCAUCCCAUUCCAAAAGGUAUUGGAAAUUUCACUUAUUUGACACACUUGAAUUUGUCAUCUUCUAGUUUUGGUGGACAGGUUCCGGUUGAAAUUUCAUCGUUGAAGAGACUGGUUAGUCUCGAUAUCUCCAACUAUUAUAGUUCGACACCUGGAGAGUGUCUAAGUCUUGAGUAUCCAAAUUUGGAAAUGCUUGUUGGAAAUCUAACAGAGCUUAGAGAGCUCAAUCUUGAUGGUGUCAAUAUCACUUCUUCAGAUGAAAGGCAAAAAUGGAGCCACAUUGUUUCAUCACAUUUACCCAACCUCACCACUUUGAGCUUUCGUCUUUGUUCUCUUUCCGGCCCUUUAGCAAGUUUGAAGGGUUCUAUACCAUCCACCUUUGCUAACCUAACCGAGCUGAUUCAUGUCGAUUUGGGAAAUAACUUAUUGACAGGCUCACUUCCUUCUACGUUGUUCGAAGGUCUUUCCAAGCUGGCUUAUUUAUAUUUGAGAUUUAAUUCAUUCUAUGGUAACAUUCCCCACUCUCUAUAUGCUCUUCCUUCAUUGUUGGAACUUGAUCUUUGUUACAACCAAUUUAGUGGCACUUUUCAACUCGACAACUUUCAAAGCUUUCCCAAUCUCACAUUGCUUGAUCUGUCUGGGAAUAGCUUAUCAAUUGAUGCAGACAAUGUCAAUUCGAUUUCAUAUGGAGAUCUCCAAUUAAAACGGUUAUACUUAGCAUCAUGUAAUUUGUCCAAUUUUCCUGAUUUCAUCAAAGAUUUGGAUGUGCAAUAUUUGGAUCUCUCAAACAAUAGCAUUGCAGGGGAGAUACCUAGUUGGAUUUGGGGAACACAACUUAUAGCUCUAUACCUCAGAUAUAAUCUUCUAACAGAUUUUCAAAAGCCUUACCAUAUUCCUCCUUCUCUUGGACUCCUAUACUUGGACUCUAACCAGCUCAGGGCCGAGUUACAGCUGCUCAUACCACUUGAAUCUGAACUCUGGUUAUUGACUUUUGCUAAUAAUAGUUUAAGUGGAUCAAUUCCAACAUCCCUUUGCAAAGCCACAGCCCACAAACCUUGUUUAUCUUUCUUUCUCUAAAAAUAACUUAAGUGGCAGCAUACCCCCUUGCCUACUUGAAAAUGUUCAGUGGCUUGAUCUGAAUCAAAACAACAUUGAAAACAUACCAGAUAUAUCUUCUAUGGAUUGUAAGCUACAACAUUUGGCGCUUAACAAUAAUAAUUUACAAGGGAAGAUCCCAAAAUCUCUCAAAAGUUGCAUGUCGUUGGAGGUCAUGGAUGUUGGGAAUAACAGCAUCAACGAUACGUUCCCGUGCAUGCUAUCAUCCUCAUUGAGAGUUCUUAUUUUGCACUCCAACAGUUUCCAUGGUGAAGUGACAUGUAACAUGAAUUGGUCUGUAACAGCCCGCUUUCCUAGGGUACAAUAAAUGCGGCGACUGCUACCAAAACGGACUCAAAGAAAUGAAUGAAGGCUAGGGUUUCAAUUAAAGAGUGUUGACCAAAAGAUUUGAAAGAACUAUCAGAGUGUUUAAAGCAAUAACUUAACCUCGAAACUCGAAUAAAAAGGAAGGUGUAAUAAAUGACGUAAAAAAAUCAAGAGUAUGACAUAGUUUUCCAAGAUAAAACCACAAGAUAGUCUAAAGCCUCUGACUCGAAAGAAGAGUGCAACCUAUCCGAAAUAAGCAUAAGUGUAUCAAACUCAGCGGAAAACGACCAAGAGAAAGAAUAGCUAUGUAUGAAGACACAACUACGUCAGAUAUCCAUCUUAAUUAAUUAUCAUGCUCAACA